CGCGGCCGCCGCCUGCCGCCACCGAGCUUCCCCGCCGCCGCCGCUGACGUACCGCUGCCGCCGAGUAAUUGGACUGGGAGCUCCCACGAUGCAGUUCAGAUAAGGAGGGUGGUCAUUUCUCACAACAUGGAUAAGGCACUGAAAGAAGUGUUUGACUACAUCUACAGAGAUUACAUCCUGUCCUGGUAUGGGCAGCUCAGCAGAGAUGAAGGGCAGCUGUACCAGCUGCUGUCAGAAGACUUCUGGGAGAUUGCCAAGCAGCUGCGACUGAGGCUGAGUCACAUUGAUGUAGUUAAAGUCGUCUGCAAUGAUGUAGUGAAAGCUUUACUCACGCACUUCUGUGACCUUAAAGGAGCCAGUGCCAGGCAGGAAGAUCCACCGAGACCUUUUUUGUUGCACCCAUGCUUGAGGAACUCUGAUGAAGAAGUAAGGUUCCUGCAAAAAUGUUCUCAAAUUCUGGUGUGUUGUCUUCUACCCUCAAAGGAUGUCCAGUCUGUCAGCUUGCGCAUAGUCCUUGCAGAAAUACUUGCAACAAAAGUACUGAAACCAGUGGUGGAACUGCUGGGUGAUCCAGAUUAUAUCAACCAAAUGCUACUCAGCCAGCUGGAGUACAGAGAACAGAUGAAUGAACAUCAGAAGAAAGACUACACAUAUGCUCCUUCGUAUGAGGAGUUCAUCAAGCUGAUUAGCAGCAACACCGAUGUUGAAUUCCUGAAACAAUUGAGGUAUCAGAUUGUAGUGGAAAUAGUUCAGGCAACCACAAUCAGCAAUUUUCCCCAAGUGAAGAGGCAGAAAGAUUCAAAAGGGAAAGAAACUGCAGCAAUGAAAGCUGACCUGCUGAGAGCUCGCAACAUGAAGAGGUAUAUUAAUCAGUUGACAGUAGCAAAGAAGCAAUGUGAGAAGAGAAUAAGGAUCCUGGGGGGGCCUGCUUAUGAUCAACAGGAGGACGGCUUUUCUGAUGAAGGAGAUGGCUCUCAGAGUCAGAAGAUUCUUCAGUUUGAAGAAAUUUUGGCCAACCCUUCAUACCGAGAGCAUUUUCGAAUAUAUAUGGACAGAAUGGACAAGGUGGCUUUGAUUGAUCUGUGGGAGUCUGUGGAGAACCUGAGGAGUGCUAACAAGGCUGAAAUACCUCAGCUGGUGAGUGACAUUUACCAGAAUUUUUUUGUGGAAAGCAGAGAAAUACCUGUGGAAAAAUCACUUUAUAAAGAAGUAGAGCAAAGUCUUGUGGGUAAUAAAGGCAUUGAAGUAUUCUACAGAAUUCAGGCAGAUGUUUAUGAAACUCUGAAGGACAGAUAUUACCCCUCAUUUAUCGUCAGUGAUUUAUAUGAGAGAUCAGUCAAGAAGGAAGAAGAAAGAAGUUCUGUCCAAGUAACUCCUGAGGACAAAGACGAAGCUAGCCAAGGUUGUGGACAAGCUACUGAAGAAUGCAGCACAGGAAUUAAUGAACAGGCCAGUUAUGCUGUAAAUAAGCUUCGCCAACUGAAUGACAAGCUUAAAUAUAAGAAACAGGCUCUAAAUUCCAUAUGUAAUUCACCAAAACCCAACAAAAAGAUUGUUUCUAAGCUGAAGGAUGAGAUCACUCUGAUGGAGAGAGAGCAUAACGACCUUCAGUUGCACAUUGCAAGAACAGACUGGUGGUGUGAGAAUCUUGGCAUGUGGAAAGCCUUCAUCAUCUCAGGCGAGGUUUCAGAAGAGAAUGGAGAACAAGUGCCCUGUUACUCUGUCCUAGUGAGUUUACAAGAAGUCGGUGGAGCUGAAACUAAGAACUGGACUGUUCCCAGGAAGCUCAGUGAGUUUCAGAACCUACACCGGAAGCUCAGUGAGUGCUUUCCAUCAUUAAAGAAAGUUCAGUUGCCUUCACUCAGCAAGCUGCCCUUCAAAUCCAUAGACCAGAAGUUCAUGGAGAAGUCUAAGAACCAGCUUAAUAACUUUCUGCAGAAAUUGCUCUCUGAUGAAAGGCUCUGUCAAAGUGAAGCACUUUAUGCCUUCUUGAGCCCUUCUCCAGAACACCUCAAAGUGAUUGAUGUGCAAGGGAAAAAGUCAUCUUUUUCACUCUCAUCAUUUUUAGAGCGACUUCCUUGUGACUGGUUUUCUCAUCAGGAGGAAGAAAUUGAAGAGGACAGUGACCUGUCAGACUAUGGGGAAGAGGUGGAUGGAAAAAGGGACUCUAUUGCUGAGCCGUGUUUCAUGCUGAUUGGGGAGAUUUUUGAGCUGCGAGGAAUGUUUAAGUGGGUGAGAAAAACAUUAAUUGCACUAGUACAAGUCACUUUUGGAAGAACCAUCAACAAGCAAAUCCGUGACACUGUACACUGGAUGUUCAGUGAAGCAAUGCUUGUUUACUAUAUUGGCGUGUUUAGAGAUGCUUUUUGGCCAAAUGGAAGACUAGCACCACCACCAACUGCCAAGAGUGAUGAACAAAGGCAAGAGACCAAACAGCGAGCACAGCAAAAACUACUUGAAAACAUUCCAGAUACUCUGCAGAGCCUCGUUGGACAGCAAAAUGCCCGCCAUGGUGUAGUGAAAGUGUUCAAUGCACUGCAAGAAAGAAAGGCCAACAAGCAUCUACUCUAUGUUUUGCUGGAACUGCUGCUAACUGAACUGUGUCCUGAGCUACGAGCUCAUUUAGAGCAGCUUAAUGCCACUUAGGUUUGAAUCUGCACAAGUGGACCACUAGAGAAAUGUCUAUGUCCAAUAAUAGACAUUAAACUUAUUUUCCUCUUUUCCAUAGAGGGCUGAGGACUAUGAUUAUUUUUAGGGUUUUUCUUUUUCCUCUUGAGAUUUUUUUUUUUUGUGAAGUAAACAUACUUGAAAAGAUCUGAUGCUGUAGUAGGGUAGACAAAACAAUGUUGUAUAGUUGCCAAUUUUUAUUUAAAUUGUUCUAUUUGACUACUCUUCUGUUUCAAAUAUAGAUUGAAAAAUAAAUGUUCAUAUAAGCUCAAAGAAACCAGAAAUAUUUUAAACAUUUAUGAAAAGAAGUUUUGCUUAUAGUGGUAAACUAAUGAAUGUUGUACAGUUCUAAUCUCCUCGCUGAGGAUUUGAGCAUUCCUUUUUUCUUGUGCAUUGAAAAAGCCUUGUUGUGCAAUAUUACAUGUAAAGCUAUUGUGAAAAUUUUAUCAAUUUUGUUUUUACCAAAGAUUUCCUGUAGUUUGAAGCACUUGUAAGCAAUAAAUAACAAAAUUCAAUUUCAGUAUUUGAUGAUUAGGCUGUACUAACAACUACUGAAUGAGUUUGACAGUGCUAGUUUCAUAUGGAGUAUUUAUGUUUUACAGACUUACUGGAGUCUGUGUACAAAAUACACAUUUUAAACUGGUAUCUCCAACCAGAAUGCCUGUGCUAAACACAGGGUCAGAGAUUAGUGCUUCUGUGAAUGAGUAAGUAGACAUUUAAUUACACUAUUCCAAUAGCUUCCCUGAUAUUACUCAGGGCUCUGUUACUCAGUUUCAGACAACCUUCAGAACUUUCCCUGAUUUUAUACAAAGGAAAGAAAAAUGAAACAUCUUCAGUGUUUUUUUUUUUAAUUUAUGUAAAAAAAUGUGUAAAUAUGGUCUUAAAGCUCAUCUAAACAAUUAAACAUCAAAAAGCUCCAGCUGCCAUUCAUUACUUUAUUUCAAAUUCAGUGUAACCAUGCUCUUUGAAAAACAAGACUUACCACUAAAACCCAUCUGCUGUAGUGAAAUCAGUGUUUUUACUAACAUCUCACCUCCUUUUGCCACAGAGCUGAACAGUUCUCAAGUGACAGCACAGCCCUAAGAAGCAAGCUUUCCUGCACAUGCCAAGCUUUACAAUUAAACAGGUAUUUAGAAAUGUGCAGGCUUACCACAGCCAUCUGUAAAACUUCCCAGAGGUACCAUGUGAUAAAAGGUUCAGUAUAAUGCUAUUCAGACAUACAACACUGUUAACCAAAAGGUCUUCCAGCUGUUUCUAAUACAGAGGUAGCAUAAUCACAUUAUGAAGAAGGAUAGAAAAAAUGGGCCUAGUGUGGCCUAGAGACAUGCUUCCAGACUGAUGCCUUUUCUUCUGUGUUUCUGUAAGUAGAAUUCACUAGUAGUAAAAUUGGCAUGUAAACUGACAAAAAGUUUACAUAGAGACCACCUGCUAAAUUGGAAUCUCUCUGGUCCGUGGGUAAAACAUGUUAGGAUGGUUCAGUAGAUGUAGAUGAGUUAAAAAAGCACAAAAAAGAAAGUAUACAUGUCACUAGCAAAGCUAAGAUUCUAAAAUGGAAUUCAGCACAAAGUCAUGAGCUGUGGAUGGGCUGUAUGUGAAAACUAGGCAAGUUUGGGUUCAAGGUUUUCAAGUAUUUCUCUGAAAUACUAAAAAUGCAAAAAGCAUACCAUUCUUUUAAUUUGGUUCAGUUUGACUUAUAUGCUGUAUAGCAGUACUGUGUCCUUAUCAGAACUUGUCUUCAGUACCAUUUUAAAAGUCUGCCUUUGCCAUGUAUCUCAGUUACUGUGAGCUUUUUGCUUUUUUUAAAUAUCUCAGUAAAUUUCUUAUAAGUUAUAUGAAUUAGAAAUUCAAGCACUAAGUGAACAGUCUGUAAUUGAAUAUUAAAAAUGACUUAUUGUAGGAAGUUUGUCUAAUACCUACCAGAACUGAAGGAAACACUUAAAUUCUUCCAAGAUUAGCUUUCAGUUCAAGCUCAGAAGCAACAUCAGGAUCCAGAAGGCAAGCCUUUGAAAACAAAGAACAUGAAGUAGUAGCUUGUAGCCAAAAAAAAAUUGUACACUGCCAAUACAACACUAGUAAGGCUGUAAAUUUUUGUAUUUCACAUCAGAAAAAUUCAGUACUUGAAAAUGAGCAUGCUCAACUCCAAUUGUUAGCCUUAGUUUCAUUUUUUUUAAUACCAUUGGUUUGGCUUGCACCACCACCAGCACCCUAAAUCUGCUUACAGACUGGUCAUUUUUGUUCAGUUCCAUCAUACAUGUCUGUUUCAAAGCUGGGUAAAAAAAAAAAAACUGCAGCUGUGCAGUUAUUAAGAACAAAAGAAACCCCACUAUUUUCAGUUUAGUGGAAUAUAACAAUGAUUAACAACAAUUAUUUUUCAGGUACAAAAGAAACUGAACGUACCCACAACUCCAGUCUUCUGGUUUUACAAUUGCCCUUUAACUUUUACUUUGACUCCUUUAUGUGGCCUGUCCCUUCUCUAGGACUGUAGAUGUAGAGAUGCAUGGCACCAAUCAACAGAUAUAAUUUAUUUUUAUACUGAGCAGUUAGUGAUGCUUACUUAUCAGUAGCAUAUAUGUUGCUAGUGAAUGGUGAGUGAAAGCUGUAAUCUUCUGCCUGUAAUGCUAGAGUAGGCAGAAGACAAGGGGGAAGGACCAUACCCGCAUUACACCAUGCAGUAAUGGAAUGCUGGUGUACUUUUUCCACACCUUCUUAUCUAGGACUACUGGGGAAAGUGUUCACAAUGGCCAACCUUGUGUUUCUUUCCUGAUCUCAACCUAUCCUCUGAAAGGCUUUUCACAGCAAAAAAAACCAAAAUGUUUUAAAUUAUGAAUUCAGCUGAAUGCUUGCCUACUCUGCUAAGCCUUUUCUAUCAGUGGCUGCCAUAAGUAAGGAGCCACAGAAGUUGCCAGCUGCUAGCUUAACAUUUGCAUAAAUAACUCUUCAUUUAUUUGGACUGCACUCAAUUGGGCCCUGAAGUAUUUUACUUGCAGAAACAAAUGAUCUCUGUAUGCAGAAAUCACAGAGCAUCUUAGCAGGACUGCUUCUACACUCCUUCCAGUUAGCAUCAUCAUCUUGCCUUUACUUUUAGGCAUCACGAAUGUAAUUUAGUUUUCAGAAGGCAUUAUUAGUCGUCUUUCUCAGGCAGUAAAUCUUCCUUCAACAUCAGCACUUAUUUAGGAAAUGUGAUCUGUUUUUUUCCCCUAUGUAUCAGUGUCAGUAGCUCCUCGAUCGAUAAAAAUGUAAUAAAAAUGAUAAAAUUACUUGAAUAAUUUAGGGAGUUCCAUCUUCCAACUUACUAAGCUUUGUGCUGACUUCUGUGGAAUUUUUUGUUUGACAGUAUGACUUGUUUGUUGAAGCAAGUGGGGAGACAGUAUCCUUCAAAGCUAUGAAGUGGUUUUCAAUAUAAUUUUAUUACUCUUCAUUUUCUUGCAGAGUAUUUAAAAAAUAUUAUUUAAGUUAGAGCCUUUAAUAAAACAAAACAGCAAGUUUAAAGACUCACAUCCAAGGCAUCACUCAAUCUCAGGAGGUAUAAGUUAGGCUGCAAGGCUUUAGAGUCAUAGAACCAUCAAGGUUGGAAAAGACCUCUGAUCAUCCAGUCCAAGUGUUCACCUAUUGCCAGUAUUGCCAAAAUGUUCCUUGAACACCUCUAGGGAUGGUAACUCCACCACCUUCCUGGGCAGUCCAUUCCAGCACCUGACCAGCUUACCUUAGAAUAGUAUUUUUUAGCAGCAGCUUCAUCUUUCUCUGUGCCUCGGCCAAGAUGGAGGCACCUAGCCAGGUAGAAGGCAGCUAUAGCAACCCCUUUGGCUGCAUAUGUAGGGAGACAAUCAGUCAUCGUUGCUAGCAUCUCGAUGUUGUCAUUUUCUGUAGUCCUGUUGUAGGAUUUAAGUGUUAGAUAAUGCUAUUGUGAGCCACAAUUGAAGUCAACUGCCUGGAACGCGCACAUUCCAAAAGACCAGCUAGCCCAGACUGAACAGCCAUCAGCACGUUUGCAGCACAAGCAGAAAACAAAGCGGCUUUCUCUGAGAAGACCAUUCAGCAAUGAGCAGAGCAAACAGCACUCGAUGCUGAACUACUGCUGAAUUGCCAGAGCUGCUGCUAUGCAGUGGCAUAUACAGGGGUCAAGUAAUUACAGAAACCACUUGCAUGCAGAUGAUGACUAUUGUGUGGUUCAGGCUCAAAAAGUGCAUACACAGUAUGCAUCCCAAUAAGCAGCAAGCAACGCAAAGAUGCAAAGCUAAAGUGCGGUGGCUUGGCACCACUUGCAGCAGCCACCUCUAUGUCCCAGGCUGUGCUGCUCAGAGGGAUUACUGUGGGUUCACAGUGACAAGGCAAAAGAUAGCGGGCAGAAAUGACAUGAAAAUGGAGGCUAUGGAGAACAGAACACUUCUAGGGGUUUAAAAUAGGAGCCCGGCCCAGACUGUGGACAAGGAGACAGGAAGACAGGGCUCCACCUGAGACUAAUUCAAGAAUGGUUUGCUUCACAGCAUCAGGAAGAAAAGUUCAUCUGUUCUGAAUAACUGAGAACCCUACUGACUUAAUUUUGGCAGUGGUCUGCUAUUCCCCCUUAAAAAUGAGGUCUUGCAAUUCGUUAUCUCAAAUGUCUCCUGAUCUUUAUACAAGUUUAUGAACUUAAUAACCCCUUUCAUUUAAGUAAGGUCUAUCAUCUUAUAUGAAAAUAAUGAGAAACAAACCGAAGUUAACCUUUUGGCUAUGGCAGCAGCUGUUGAGAAGAAUCUUCUACUGUAAUAAUACUCCACAAGGUGGGCCUGAGCAUAGAUGUUUCCUCUUUCUGCUGCUGCUUUCAAGCACUUCAGAGCAGCCUUACUGUUCCGACGUAUACCUUGUCCAUAGAGAUACAUAACACCAAGUGCACCCUGUGAUUCCAGGCUUCCGUUGCCACAUGCUUCUGAGUGCCAGAAAAAGGCCUAAGCAAGAGGCACAAAGUUGUUUCCUGUUUAUCUCAACGAAUGCUUUGCAUUAUCUAAUUAACUUCUGAUGUGAUGAUGUAUUCACUUCAACUGGUUGUCUUGCAUACCGUUUCAUUAAAACCCUUUACAUCAACCAGUCAGUAAGAAGUGCUUAUAUGUAAAAGAAAACAGAGUCCCCAGAAGGCUUUUAAACCUGCAUCAAUUACUGAGAGCUGUCAACCAGAAACACUUGCUUCGUUAUUGAAGGGCAUCGAGGCUGCCAAAAUUUUAAUCCACUCUAUCUUUCUCUCUGAUAUUCCUACUAAACAGAAAUCUCAGCAAGCAGUGUCAAGCCAGUCCAAAGGGAGAGGUACUGACCAUCUCCUUGUUUGGGCUUAAAUGAAUGACAAUGUCUAGGAUUGCUUAGAAUACAGUUUUAAAGAGUCAAAUAUACUGCCACAAUCUUUCUGUGAAAUCCAAAAUUAGUUGGGACUCAUGAAGUUUGUAAAGGGUGCAAGUGGGCUUUACCUUCUUCAGAUCCUUUAGAUCUGGCAUGGAAUAAAGCAUUCCUAAAGUA